AUGGCAACAACAAUAAAUAAAAGAUCUUUACUUGUUUUUAUAUUUUUUAUUUUUUAUUUAUUUUGUUGUGUAAGUUGUCAAAAAAAGUAUGAAACUUCAUGUAUUAAUUCCCAAUUGGAAUUAGAUACCUAUCCAUCACCUAUUGGUGAUCUUAAAUGUAAGAUUACAAUUAAUAUUUUAGUUAUCAAUAUUCUUGAUCAAACUGGUCCACCAAUUCAAGUAUUUUUAGAUUCUCAAAGUUUUUUUGUGUAUAGUUCAAUUGUUAAAAAUGAAAAUUCUGCUAUUUACAACUUUGAAAUUGAAAUUUCAAAAGGAACCUAUACUUCAAAUGUAACAAUUCCAGGAUUUCCAGAAUCUGAUAUUAAUUUAAAUUAUUCGUGCAACUUUGUUGAUGUAUCAAAACUAUCAGUUACAUUAAUUAAUGAUAUAACAUACAAUGAAAUGUCAUAUUAUUCAGCAGUUUUCAAAUUAAAUGGAUUACCAAGACCUAUAAUUUUAUCAGACGCACCAUCAUAUAGUAUUGUCAAAUUAUCAGAUACAUAUUUAUAUAGAAUCAAAUUCAUUAAUACUUUUGUUAGAACUCAAACAACACCCAAUUGGAAAGUUAUUUUACCAAUUAACGGCGAUGAACUUUCAUUUAAUAUAACAUACAAAUAUGAAACAACACCAACUAUUCUUGAUAGUGAAAUUACAGAUUUUACAUUAUAUCCAAACCAAACAGAUAUAAUAGCAAUGACAUUAUUUUAUGGUCAAAUUAUUAAAUUCAAACUUACAAAAACAAAUAUCACAAAUAUGCCAAGCUUUCAAUUAUCAUUUUAUGGUUCCACUGAUUUUAUCGUCACACCAAUUUUAGGAAGUUUAGGUAAUAUUGAAUUCAUUGCAUCUUGUCUUUCCUAUCUUCCUGGCUCAUAUUCUUUAUUUUAUCAAAAUGGUCAACCUAAUUACAAUAGUUAUGAUUUUACAAAUUCUAUUACUACUCCAUUUUUACCAUUAUCAGAUAAUAUUACAUAUCCAAUCUUCGAAAAUAAAACAAUAACAACUUAUACAGUUAGUCUUAAUUUUAAUAAGGAUUAUGAUUUUAAAAUUAUACAUUAUGAUGCUACUGAUCAAUUUAAUAAUUAUGCUGAACCAUUCCCUUAUGCAUUCACUGAAGGAAAUAAUUUAAAUUUUAAUUUAACAGUUUCAACAAUUACAUAUCAAUAUUUUAUUGAUUAUAUGAAAUUUACCUUUAUAAGUAUUUCUUUUUCCAAAUACAUUGAAUUCAAACCAAUCAAUAUCGUACCAUAUAAUGAAACAAUCGUAGGAAAAAUUCAAGAUUUCAACUCUGUUUAUUUAGGUAACUUUAAAUUUUUACUUCAAUUUACAUUAUCAACUAUUGGUCCAUAUCCAAUUAAAUCUAUUAGAUAUAGAGGUGAUACCGAUAAAUCAUCCUUUACUUUAACACCAAACGAUAUUGUAUCAGGUGAUUAUUAUCAUGGAAUUUGGGAAACCAUUUAUGAUGGUGUAUUAGGUGGAAAAGAUUCAAAUGGAAAAUUAAUGAAAGUAUUAACAUUUUCUGGUAUGGUUAAUUUAUAUUACAUUGGUUUACCAAUUUCAUUUUUAAAUCAAAAGUCAUUUCGAUUACCUUCUGUUGAAAUUAAUGAAUUUAAUUUUCAAGAUUUAGUUAAUAUUACAUUUUUAUAUAAUAAUGUUCAUGUUACAAAUCAAUCAGUUUCAAAUAUUAUUUAUUUUAAUUUUACAAAUAUUAAUAAUUAUAAAGAUUUAUCAAUUGGUUUUAGUUUAAUGGAUCCAAAAACUUUAACUGAAAAUCAAUUUAAUUCAGUAGUUAAUUCAAAUAAUAGAGAAAUUAAAGAAAAUUACAUUUUCGCAGAAUGGGUAGAUAAUAGAUAUCAAGUAAUGUUUAAUAUUCCUGCAAACACUAUGACUGGUAUUGCUAAUUAUUAUUUAACUUUUUCAAAAGAAAUUAAAAUCUUUAGUUCUGAACUACCACAAUCUGCACAAUUAAAUUUAAUUUCAAAAAAUAUUGAUAUAUAUGGACCAAUUUUUAGUAAAAUUAUAAAGAAUCCAUCAAAUUUACCAAAAGAUACAUUUGGUUGGUUAGUUACUAUUCAAGAUAAUAUAAAUGGAUUAAAGAAUGGUUAUAUUUCAGUUAGAGGUACAAUCGAUUCUUCACUUCAUAAUUUUACAAUCGAACCAUCAAAAGCAAUCAAAGGUGAUAAAUGGAAUGGUGAAUAUGAAAUUUAUAUUGAAGAAAAUCAAUUACAAUGUAUUCAACAACCUUAUGAAAUCACAGAUGUAAUUUUAUAUGAUACUUUUAAUAAUCAAGCUUCCUAUAUUAAAUUAUCUGAAGAUCCAGAGUCAUCACAAUUUAAUCCAUUUAUAAACUAUUUAAAUGAUACAUCAAUAGUUUUAGUAUCACCAAUUAAUAACAUUUGUAGUGGUGGUAUUAAUGAUUCAACAGGACCAAUGCUUUUAUCAUUUAAAAGUAGUAAAAGUAGUUUAGAUGUUGGAUCAUUAGGUGAUAGAAGUAUUACAUUUGAAUUCGAAUGUGAAGAUCAAGAAACAGGUAUUAGAGAUAAUCAAUUCCCAAUUGUUUAUUUAACAACAUUAGAAUUAGAUAUACAUAAAUGUAUUUCAACAAAUUCAACACCAUUUCAAUAUAAAACAAAAUUCGUAUGUACAACUACUGUACCAAUCGGUUUUGGUAAUAUGAAUGGUAUCAUUUUAUCAGUUUUUGGAUUUAUAAAUAAUGGAGGUUAUUAUAGUGGUUAUCCAACUCAAUCACUUAUAAAUUUAGGUUUUGAUCAUUCAAUAAAUACAAGUAUUUUUACAAAUAAUCAACCAUAUAUCUCAUCAACCAAUUCAAUUACAAAUUAUGGUGGUAAUUUAAUGAUUUAUGGUAGAAUGUUAACAUAUGGAAACAUUGGAGAUAUUAAUUCAAUUCGAGUACUUUUAAAAUACUCUGAUGGUGGUGAUGGUGCAAAUUAUAUAUCAUUUAUUCCAAAAACAAUUUUUGAUAGUUUUAUUUAUAUUGAAAAUAUUAGAUCAACAAAUCAAUCUUUUACAAUUAAAAUUACAAGUUCUUCAACAUCUAUGGAAUCAAAUGAAUUUAUAGUUCAACCAAAACUAUUCUUUUUUAAUUAUACAGACCCAAUUGAACCAACUACAACACCAACUACAACCCCAACUACAACACCAACCACAACCCCAACCACAACACCAAUACCAACAGUUAGUCCAAUACCAACAAACCCACCACAAAAAUGUCAAGGUAAUCCAGAAUGUGGAGGUUCAAACCAAGGUAUUUGUAAAGACGGUGGAUGUAUUUGUUAUCCACCAUUUAUUGGUUUAACUUGUACUUCUCAAAUUAUAAUAGUACCACAACCAUCAACAAAUACAACUACACCAUCAACUGAAAUUCCAAUUCCAUCACCUGAUAAUAGUAGUGAUAGUGAUGAAAAUAUAUCAAAAAUAAUAUUUAAAUCAUUAAUAUCAUUAGUAUCAUUAAGAGAAUUAAAUUAUAAAGGUGAACAAAUUAAAUUAUAUACUUUUGAUAAAUGGAUAUUUACACCACUCGAAAGUAAUAAAAAUUUAUAUGAAACAUCAAUUGUUAAUUCAAAUACAAAUACUAUUACAAAUAUUAGUGCAACAAUUGAAUGGUUUAAUAAAAGUAGUAUAGUUGAAUUUGCAAAUCAACAAUUAAUAAUGAAUCCAUCAUCAAUUAAAUAUACAAUCGAAAUUAAUAAAUAUCCAUUUUCACAAUCAUUAAAUACAUUACAAUUUGUAAUGUCAGCAUCAUUAAUAUCAAGUGAAAACAAUGAUGAUAUUUGUUCAUCAAAAGAAUUUGGUAAUACAACAAGUGGUGAUGACUCAAAUUAUAUAAAGAUUCAAGUAGAUAAUCAUUCAGUCUAUGGUAGAUUUAUUAAACGUGCAAUUAUCGAUUCAAAAGUUCAAUCAAUUGAAAAUAUAUUAUUAGAUUCAACAAUGAAACCAAUAUCAAAUUCAUAUUCAACUCAAAGUUUUAUUGGAAUUACAAUUCCACAAUAUUCGAAUAAAGUUAUUAUUGAUCCAGACUUUUCAAUCAUUAUUGAUCAAAGAGCAGCAUCCAGUAAUUCUGAAAAUUCAAUUUGUUCAAAUAAUUCAUCUCUUACUAAAGGUCAAAUCGCUGGUAUCGUCAUUGGUGGUGUUGCUUUCUUAACAGUCAUUAUAGUUUGUAUUAUUUAUUACUUUUAUAAAAAUAAAAAGAAUAAAAUGUUACAACAAACAUUAAAAAGAAAAUUAGAAAAAGUUGGUUUAAAUAAAAAUAAAAUUUAA